AUGGCCCCUGGUCCAAACAUGGCUUCGGGAGAUGUCAACCCCAGCCUCAAUCCUCAAUCCGGGCAGGUCCGGUUCUCUACGGUAACGGAGGAAAUCGAGCCUACCGAUCCGUCGUCUUCCGUCAAGUCUCCUGGAGCAGAGUCGAUCAAGGAUACGCAGCAUGAGGAGGAACUGCGGUCGCUAGCUGCCAGCUUGCAGCGGUCCCAAUUGCAGGAGAAUCGAUUGCGGCAGUUCUCUUACGAUCCCAUCUCGUUGCCGUCAUCUAGAGUUGCCUCCCGGGAAUCGAGCGACCGCAGUGCACGCGAAGUAAAUGGAUCGGGCUUCCCCUCGCCCCGAGGUUCCCCACCAGUGUCCGCCAUGCAAUCACCCCCGCUGACGCCCGCAGCCACACAUUCACGGGAAUCCAAGUCGAUUGAUACUUCUUCCACAUCCAACACCACCGAUCGGGCCGGUAAUGCCGCCCAGUCCACCCAUAUGACUCCCGCAACCUCCCCUCCAGCCAGCGCUGCCGCACAACAUAAGGCUCCUCAAAGCGCCCCCUCCUCCCGUCCAUCCUCGACCGAUCAACUGUCGAAGCAGAACCAAGUGGCACAGACCUCUUCUCAUCCGAACCACGGCGCGCGGCAUCGGGCGCAGUUCUUUAUCGGCCCCACUGAUGGAUCCCAGGAAGAAAGCCCACCAGCCACCCCUCGCGGUGAUCCCGAGAGCUAUACCCCUCCGGGUGCGAUCACGCCGGUGGGUGAGCCGAAUGACCCGUAUGCUCGUAGCAAGCGUCCUCCGCAACCGAAGAACCUUGCCCAACUUGACCAGCGCUUCAUCUUCGGCAGCCGGGACUCCAAGCGUCGCACCACGACAUCGGCCUUCUCGCGCCCAUUGAGCCCUCGUUCUUCCAGUGCCACGGAUCUCCGGUCCAGUGAAAAGCGCAGUGGCUUCUUCAAUUCCAAGCGAGAACCACGACAGCCGGAUGCCGAGGGGAAGACCCAUGGCCAUAUGUCAGAGUUGAAGCGCUUCUUCAAGCGGACCCACAACAAACACAAGCGAGGUGACUCACCGUCGUCGAUCCCAUUCAAGAAAUCGAGUCGAACCUCGGGCAAGGGCGGCCCAUUCCACGCGGCAGCCGACAGUGUCCCCUUCGCAGACGAUCAUGGUCUUAACUCGAAGUAUGGAAAGUUGGGCAAGGUGCUGGGGUCGGGAGCCGGAGGCUCGGUUCGGUUGCUUAAGAGGAAUAGUGAUGGGGUGACUUUUGCGGUAAAGCAAUUCCGAGACCGUCAUUCAUGGGAAACUAUGAAAGAAUACUCCAAGAAGGUGACUGCGGAAUUUUGCAUUGGGUCUACCCUCCACCAUGGCAAUAUCAUCGAGACGCUGGACAUUAUUCAGGAAGGAAACCAUUGGUACGAAGUCAUGGAAUAUGCGCCCUUUGAUCUUUUUGCCAUCGUCAUGACAGGAAAGAUGGUCAAGGAGGAGAUUGCUUGCUCCUUCAAGCAGAUCCUCAGUGGAGUCGCCUACUUGCACGGAAUGGGCCUGGCCCAUCGUGAUCUGAAGUUGGACAAUGUGGUCGUCAAUGAGCAUGGCAUCAUGAAGCUUAUUGAUUUCGGAAGCGCUGUGGUGUUCCGAUAUCCUUUUGAGAAUGAUAUCGUCCUCUCUUCUGGAAUCGUUGGCUCGGAUCCAUAUCUCGCCCCCGAAGUAUACGACGAGAAGAAAUAUGACCCUCGCCCGACUGAUAUCUGGUCCCUGGCCAUCAUCUUCUGCUGCAUGACUUUGCGCCGAUUCCCUUGGAAACAACCCCGUGUCAGCGAUAACUCGUACCGACUGUUCGUUUCCACGCCCACUCCUGGAACUCCAGUGCCUGAGGUCGACCCGAAACGCCACCGGGCCGUCAAGUCAUCUCCUGAUCUUAUCACCGCUGCCCAAGAAGGCAAACCCGCCCAGCCCAGUAUCAAUACUGACGUCGCUGGACAAUCUUCCCAAGCGAACGGGCAGCAAGCUCAACAGCCUGCUGCUGCCGGCGAAGAAAACCAGCCGCCGAAGAGUCCUCAGGACAAGCCGCUGGUCACCAAAGCACCUACGGAUAGCAAGAAUGCUAAUGCUACUACUCACAAGCCUUCCCGUACCACGAGCAAAGAGGCCCCUCCACUUCCGGCGAACGCCCAGGCGGCGGCUCAGCGGCAGGAAGUCAUCAAGGGGCCCUGGCGCCUUCUCCGGCUCCUGCCCCGCGAGAGCCGGUACAUUGUUGGCCGGAUGCUCAAGGUGUCGGUGAAGGAGCGCGCUACACUGGAUGAUGUCUUGACUGAUGAGUGGGUGCGCAACAUCAAGGCGUGUCGGCAGGAGUUGACCGGCGAGGUCAUCCAUGCUCCAGGCCACACCCAUGUCUUGGAACCCCCUUCGGCCAGUUCCGGAGCCAUCGCCGGCCUCACGGUCGACUGCUCCCUAUACCCCCUUGACACGAUCAAAACCCGCCUCCAGAAAGCGCGCACCGCGACGCCGGCCAGUACCGCCGCCGCCGCCGCCCCGGCGGUCUCCCUCCGCCAAACCAUCCGCGGGAUCUACGCCGGUCUCCCCUCGGUGCUCUUCGGGUCCGCCCCCUCGGCCGCCUCGUUCUUUAUCGUGUACGACGGGGUGAAACGCCUGCUCCUCGAGCCGCCUACCGCUACGACUAACUCCUCCGCCGCCGCCCCCUCCCCGUCCCGCACGCACAUCCUCCUCACGCACUCCCUCGCCUCCUCGAUGGGCGAGAUCGCCGCGUGCGCCGUCCGCGUCCCAACGGAGGUGAUCAAGCAGCGCGCGCAGGCAGGUCUCUUCGGGGGCUCCAGCGCCGCGGCGCUCAAGGACAUCCUGGCGCUGCGGCACGCGCCGGGCGCGGGCUACGGGUCAGUGGUGCGGGAACUCUACCGGGGCGCGGGGAUCACGAUCGCGCGCGAGAUCCCGUUCACGGUGCUGCAGUUCACGAUGUGGGAGAGCAUGAAGGACGGGUACGCUAAGCGGAAGGGGCUGGAGAUGGUCCCCGCGAGCACGAGCGCCAUGUUCGGCAGCGUGGCGGGCGCGAUUGCGGCGGGGUUGACGACGCCGUUGGAUGUGGUCAAGACGCGGGUCAUGCUGGCGAGACGGUCGUCCGGGGAGGGCAAGGUGCGGGUGAGGGAGGUGGUGCAGGAGAUUGCGCGGGAGGGCGGCGGCGCGGCGUUCUGGAGGGGCAUUGGGCCCCGCGUCGCGUGGAUUGGGAUCGGCGGGGCGGUGUUCUUGGGGAGUUAUCAGUGGGCGUGGAAUGGGUUGGAGGGGGGCAGGAAGCAGCGGGUACUGAGGGAGGGGGAUGCUUUCCUUCAGUACAAAGUCGGUGCUAUCUACCCUCCAGACUACGCUGCCACACUGUUGCCACUGAUAAGCAGUGGUCUCGCUAAGCCGAGAUUUGUUAUCAGCUCACUAAUCCCAACUAACCACCAUCCCCGCUCUAUAGUGCUUCCUCUGCCUGACGCACCCGGUGGCCAUCGCCUAGGUGUCAAUGGCCUGGCAGUCGACCCCGACCAAUCCAUCCUUUACUCCGCAGGUCGCGACGGCGUCGUCUGCUCGUGGGAUCUCAACUUCUCGCUCACCGACUCCUCCAACCCCGGCAAAACCACCUUUCGCAACCAGGUCCAGGCGCACAGCCAUUGGAUCAACGACAUCGUGCUGACCAAGGAUAACUCCGCGCUAGUCUCGGCCUCGUCCGACACCACCGUCCGACUCUGGCGCCCUCACUCCGAAUCCACCGAGGUGCCGGCUCCCAUCGGCAAACACGCAGACUAUGUCAAGGCCCUGGCCACCCCCGGAAACCACUCGUCGUGGGUCGCGUCGGGCGGCCUGGACCAUAAGCUCUACCUGUGGGAUCUGAACGGUGGCGGCGAGGUGCUGGGGAUCGAUGCGUCCGGGGAUGAUCGCACGGCCAAGGGCUCCGUUUAUGCUUUGGGCGCGGUCUCCUCCGUCCUGGCGAGCGGCGGUCCGGAAAACGUGGUUCGCGUGUGGGAUCCGAAAUCCGGAAAGCUUAUCACCAAGUUUGUCGGUCAUACAGAUAACAUCCGCGAUAUCUUGAUCAAUCGCGAUGGUGACACCAUCAUGACCGCCUCGUCCGACCAGACCAUCAAGAUCUGGUCUCUUACCGCGGGAAGAUGCAUGCAUACCUUGACCAUGCAUAAUGACAGCGUCUGGUCGCUGUAUUCCAACCACCCGCAACUGUCGGUGUUCUAUUCCAGCGACCGGUCCGGUCUCGUCGCCAAAACAGACACCCGGAAUUCUCCGGACAUUGAGCAGGGCACGUGCGUGGCGGCUCUGCAAGAGCACGAGGGCGUCGUCAACGUUGUAGCCGCGGGCGAUUACAUUUGGACGGCAACCCCUAAGUCGAGUAUUCAUCGCUGGCGCGAUGUGGACACCACGGCUGAGAUUGAGCCCCCUGUACGAGACCGCAAUGUGCAGACUCAGGCGCCCACGUCUGCGCCAUCAGACGGCCGGCCCAAGAAGAUCCCAUAUGAAUCGGUCCUGUUGCUGUCGCCUACCUCCACUUUCCCUAAUGCGCGCCCCCUAGACGAUGAGACGCCGCGCUCGGGGCCGGCUUCUCCCCGGCUCUUGUCUGGUCCUGACCUCGACGAUGAGUUGGGGUUGACGCUGCCUAUACAGGCAUUGCCCGAGGAAACCAUCGAAGGUCAACAUGGAUUGAUCAAAUACUCUAUGUUGAACGACCGGAAACGGACAUUGACUCAGGACUCCGCUGGUGAAGUUGUUCUGUGGGAUUUGCUCAAGUGUAAACCAAUCCAAUCUUUCGGUAAGAGACAUAUGGACGAUGUCGCGUCCGAGAUCAACACAACCGAGAGCAUCGCUCACUGGUGUACCAUCGACAUUCGAACCGGGCGUCUUUCCGUGAUUCUGGAGCCUGGCCGUUGCUUCGAUGCUGAAGUGUAUGCCGACGAGUCGGAUCUGGCGGAUCAGUCGCAAUUUCGGGAAGACCAAAGGAUUAAUCUUGGAAAAUGGAUUCUGCGUUGGCUAUUCGCACCUCUGGUGCAAGAGCACGUUCAACGGGACGCCCAGUUCCGUGCUGCGAUGGUAGCCAAGGCGGAAGAACUGGCUCGCCUGACCAGCACUGGCGCGUCAGCCCCGGUCGACAUUCCAUCGGCAGAUCCCUCGAGGCGGGCGCUGGGCUUGCAGUCGCCUCUAGACCCCUUCACAGCCACUUUUAGGUCUGGCUACGAUUCGAUCGGUAGCCCUACGACACCCGGCGGGUUCGGCAUCGGGUAUGCCGGCAGCCCGGCGACUAUGGGAUCACCCAUGUGGACUUCCAGUUACAUCAACAAUGCGAGUCACCUGGGCACCUCUCCUGGAGAUUCGACGUCGGAAUAUCUCAUGUCGCAGUCGCAGCAGAAUGCGGACAUGACCCGGGCCUCUUUCUCGGACCGCUCCAGCGACUACUUUUCAUCGUCACGAAACCAGGGUAUGGGCUCGCUCGACACCGAUAAGGUACCGACUACCCCAGGCGAGCCGACCCCGACGGCUCUCCCGCAGUCUCCGGUCGAGCCCGACAAAGAGGAGCGGAAGCGCGGUGCGUCGUUGUUUGGGAAGAAGUUCCGCAUGGAUUUCCCCAAGAAGCUGGGGCGGACCUCAUCGGAGGUCAAGCCGCAGGUCCCAGAGGAGAAGGUGGAGGAGUCGGAUAAGUCGUCGAUCAAGGAAGAGAAGGUAUUUGAGACUAACCUGGGAGGGUUCAUUGAGCGAACGCGGCACGAGUAUGAGGAGUUCAUGUCUGCCAACCCUGGCCGGGAGUUGACGUCGGCGUUCACUCCGAGCCCAGAUAAUGAGACUCCGGUCCUGGACAUUCCCCCGCGCACCGUGGUAUUUAUCCAAGAAGAAUCGGGUGAUACGGCUGUGGCGUCCGAUCUGUACCGAGGGACGGUUGGCCGGAUCAGCGAGGAGAUUGAGAAGCUGGAGAAGUCGAUACCCUUGUGGCUUGCUGAGCUGCUCCUGAAGAACCAAGUGCCAGUGAAAGAACCGGUCAAAAUUGCUUUCACACUGAAGCCAUACGAUGAUCUAUUGCCCCCUGUAGCCAAACCAGAGCCGCCCGGGAGCCCCAAUGCCAACAACAAUCGCCUCAACGCGAAUCGCAUGCUGCGCGCCAAGAAGAUCCUGGCCUACGUGGCGGAGCGGAUCGAUCCUCCCAACCCCCACGAGCCGGAAGCAAACCCCAUGAAAGCCGAGGAGUAUCUGGAGCUGUAUUGCCAGAGGAUGCCAAUCCCCCCGAACAUGACUCUGGCGACGAUCCGGGCGCACAUCUGGCGGUCCUCAGGCGACAUGGUCCUGUACUACAAGGCCAACGGGAAGAAGGAGAUCCGCAUGCCGGCGCCGGAGGAAGAGAAGGAGACUGGGACUGGGUUUGGGACGGCGUUGGCGCUGAAUGGCGAGGCGGGCAGUGCGCCGCCGGCUAGUAUUCGGUCGCACGCGGCUUCGGGCUCGGCGGUCUCGGUCAGCAAUGCUUAG